CCCCGCCGCUCACCCAUUACAUAUUCAUACCAUUUGAAUCCACCAAACAUCCAAAUUCCCACUCAAAUUCCAGAAGAAAAGAAGAAAAAAAAAAAACCAGAAUAAAAGAAAGAAAGGAAAAUGAGUUGGGCGCUCUUCUCAUCUCCUUUUCCUCCCAACCUCCUUCGUCCACCGCUCACCUAUUCUAAAAACAACGAUGUUCUGAUGAUGGCAUUGACACCCAAAAGAAAAAUUCCGAGAAGACAACUCCUAAUAGUCUCUGCUACUUCUUCCUCUUCCGACGAGAAGAAAGGCAGUCAAGGAGAUGACGACAACCCUUCUUUCAAUCCCUUUGGUUUUGUCACUGAUAACCCUUCCAGCCGUAGUGCAAUUCAGCUCCCUGAAUCCCCUGCUGAGGAUGGAAACGUCGGCCAAAUGCUCUACAGAAUAGAAGACAAAGGGAAGGAGAAUGGUUCUUAUGUCAAAUCUGGGAAAUUUAGAUGGUUUGUUAGAGAAACAGGAUCCUCGGAGAGCCGACGUGGCACCAUUGUUUUUAUUCACGGGGCUCCAACACAAUCUUUUAGUUAUCGAGUGGUUAUGGCUCAGAUGGCAGAUGCUGGCUUCCACUGCUUUGCACCUGAUUGGAUAGGAUUUGGUUUCAGUGAUAAACCCCAGCCAGGAUAUGGAUUUAACUACACGGAAAAGGAGUUCCACGAGGAAUUUGACAAGCUUCUUGAAGUGUUGAGUAUCAAAUCUCCAUUCUUUCUGGUUGCUCAGGGAUACCUUGUAGGUUCUUAUGGAUUGACUUGGGCUCUGAAAAAUCCAAAUAGGGUGUCAAAGCUCGUGAUUCUGAACAGUCCGUUGACUGCUGCAUCUCCCAUUCCUGGAUUGUUUCAAAAGCUAAGAAUUCCACUUUUUGGUGAAUUUACUUCCCAGAAUGCUGUUGUGCCCGAGCGCUUUAUUGAAGCAGGUAGCCCUUAUGUAUUGAAGAACGAAAAAGCAGAUGUAUAUCGCUUACCAUAUUUAGCAAGUAGUGGACCUGGAUUUGCUUUGCUUGAAGCUGCAAGAAAAGCUAAUUUCAAAGAUAUUUCAAGCCAAAUAGCAACUGGAUUUUCAUCCGGAAGGUGGGACAAACCAAUACUGCUUGCCUGGGGAGAAUCAGAUAAAUAUUUAGCUAAAUCAGAGGCAGAGGAGUUUCAGAAAGGAAAUCCUUCUGCUGUCAAGCUUAAGAUGAUAGAAGGAGCUGGUCAUAUGCCACAAGAGGAUUGGCCGGAGAAAGUUGUUGCUGCUCUGAGAGCAUUUCUAUAAAACAAAAAUGCAUGGACGAUGGCCUUGUAAUUUUUUUAUUUAUCUCCAGAUAUCAGCAUUGCAGGGUUGGGGAUUUAUCAUGAUUUUAAUCAGAGGUAGCAGGUAUGCAAGAAGAUACUUCAAUACAUGAAGUUAAAUGCAUCUGAAAUGGAAUUCAAGGAGAUCCUUUGUAAGUGAAAUUUAUGUCACUUUGUCAGGCUUGUGUCAUCAAAAUGACCGUCUCCUAUUUGACCUAACCUAGACAAACAUGUUCCUGAAUAAAAAUUCUUCAUUUAGAUUAGGGAUAAUUGUAAACAACUCCCGUUUGCUUUAUGGCAAUUGUAAAUACCUCCCCUCUGGUUUGGAUUAUUGCAAGCACCUUCCCUCUGUUAAAGUCAUUAGAGGAAUCUGUACCAAAUAACACAAAUACCCUCAUAUUAGAAGUUCUUUUUGCCUGUCUCUGGGCCCCACCGUUAUGUAUGGAUGGUAUCCAACCCAUCCAUCAGGGUCCCUCCACCAUCAAUACUGGAUGUCCAGAAAAUCAGGCUAGUCCAACAUCAGGUGGGCCACACCAAGAAAAUAAUGGAGAAUCACCCAGAAACCUCCAAAUUCACAUGGUGGGCCAUCUAAUGGAUGGAUCAGCCUGAUUUUUGGUGUGCCACAUGUUCAUGGACUGACCAUGCUGAAUGGGCUGGAUGACAUAUACGCACUACAGUAGGCCCAUGCAUCUACAGCUAGUUGUGCAUGAGAUAGGGGUACGACGGUCAACUGGUCAAAGAUAAUGGUGUUAACCAAUAGUUUGGAGGAAUCUGCAACGAAUCUGUAAAACAUAGGGGAGGUACUUGCAAUAAUCCAAACCAGUGGGGAGGUGUUUUCAAUUGUCAUAAAGCAGAUGGGAGGUUUUUACAAGUAUCCCUUUAGACUACAAGACUAGUGAAGCUGAAAAUAGAGAGCUCUUGAAUUCAAAGUACUUAUUUUCC